AUGACAUCCAGCCAAGCGCAUACAGCCCGCUCAGUGCUAGACGCCUUUUACAAGGCAGAGCGAGAGUACAUGUCGGUAGCUCCAGAGGAGCGCAACUUCGCCAGCAUCGCAGCCACUCUAGCCCCAAACGUUCGCAUGGAGCAGACGUCUGCUCUGCCCUACGCCGGCGUCUACCUCGGACCCUCCGGCAUGCAGGACUGGACACGCCGCAUGGCCGAUUACUUCGACAUCGUUGAUGUGCAGAACCCAGAAAUCUUUGAGCGUGCGGACUCGGACCGGAUCGUUGUGCUCUCGAAUAUCCACUUGAGAGUGCGCAAGUCUGGGCAAGAGAUGGAUUUUCCGUUUUGUCAGACCUUCACCAUCGACCUCCAGCGCGGGGUGAUUGUCGAGUUGAGACCGUUUUACUGGGAUGUGGCGGCAAUUAGCGCCGUUAAGAAACAUUCGGGUACAAGAUGCCAAGGCGCUAAUCUAGCCGCCAAUCAGGGCUACAGCCUUCUCAAGCUACUAAAACCAAGAGACAUGAGCAUUCGGACACAGAUAAAUCAAGCCAUUCCCUCCUCUCCAGAAAACUUGUACUUGCAGAAAAAGAAGGACGGCACCGGUGAGGAGCGUUUAUCCCUUCCGCUCGGUUGGGUUAUGCCGGAAAAGCCAGAUGACUAUGAGGCCCUGACAAAGGAAGACAAAUUAAAGGCAGAUAGGCUUUAUGAAAGUGCCCUGUGCCAUAAGUACUACGAGGUCCUUACUGCCAAGAGGAAUCCUCAACACUAUGCUGCUCUAAAGAAAGAGAAGGAAUCGCACAAUGAAGAGAUAGAGAAUCGUGACUAUAUCAGCCAGCUAAUGGAAGAGUUUCAAGACGCGGGAAUCCUACCCAUCAAUGGAACUGUCGAUCCCGAAGAUUACGAUAUUGUGCAGAGCACGAGCCGCAUGCAGAAAAGAAAGUUCAUGUCGUUAGCAGAAGCGAGGAACAGAGAAAGUGGAUAG